CCCCAGCAGAAUUAAUCGCAACCUGUGGUGGCGCCUCAAUCGGCGAAAUCAUCCAACUUAACUCCAGAUAUCCCCUAUUCGAAGUUCAAUCCGAUCCUUGACGGCAACCCAAUGGACCUGUCCGGAUGGGACAAACUUCCCCCAAUUGGCGAAGUACCGCCUGGAAUCUGCCUUAAUUGCUUUACUUUUGGCGGCGGAGAGGGUUGUGCUGGAGAGAGCCUUUGCAGGAAAUGGGACUUGCGCGAUCUGGUAUUGGAAGCUGGCGGAGGAUCGGAGGAAGGAAGCAGUACUUUGAAUACACCAUGCCAUUCUCCCGGGGAUGGUCAAGACGUUGGCCUUUUGACCAAUCCGCAACAAUCACACUCCACGACAGGAAUGGAUGGUUUCCCGGCGGGCAGUAACUCGACUAGCUUGGCUGGCCCUGGAAGCUUCAUCUCAUCAAAUCCAAUGGCUCUAAGAAAUGGUAUGAGUCAUACCACGGAUUCUUCAGAUUUCAUCCAAAGCUCAGAUUCAGUCGCAACAAUCUUUCCGGUCUCAUUUCCCAACGUGCCAAGAAAGAUCCCUUCACUCUCCAUUGGCAGGAGAGAUCUUGUGGGGCCUCAUGAGAUAAGAUUGACAGUUCACCCAAUUAUCGAGGUCCCACAGGAUAAUUCUAUCUUCAUUCACUGGAUCAGAAAACGUAGAGUAAAACCACGAUGCCUACUUCCCUCUAUAGAAAUCGAUCCCGCGGUGUGCCCUGGUGUUCACGAGCUUGCAGCAGAUCACACAUUCCCAUCUUCUGUGUUGCAACAAAUCGAGCAAAGUUGCUCCGUAUCAUUAAAUAUUACACUAACCCUCGACCCGAACCCGGUGGCAAGAUCUUGGUGGUUUCCGGCUGCUCUGUUCUGGGACAAAUCGCACGAAAUCGGGUAUUGUUUCAAGGCUAAGUUGAAAUCAUCUUCUGUUCCGAAGGACGGGCAAUUUGGUCGGUUAGAGAGCCUCCAGAAAGCGUUGGAGUUGGUGAGUGGCUACAAAGGGAUCAAUGGCAUCCCGGAAGUUCGGAACUGGGCUGUACAACGAGGGCGAGACAUGUUCUUCAUCCGAGCUGCCAUGGGCGAUGCAAGUAUCACAGACAAACAUUACUGCUCUGUGCAAGAUUUGGUUGUCGACACAUAG